AACACACACACACUCUCUCUCUCUCUCUCUCUCGCUCUCUCUCUUCUGUACUUCCCACCCACCACUCCCCCCCGAUUCCAUACAAGUGCAAUCAUAUUGAGCCCCACGCAUUUCACUCCCUCCGAACUCCUUCUCACUCCCUCUGUUUCCUGGCUUCUUCAUCUUAAUGCCCCCGGAACUUCCUCCGACCAUUUCUUGAUUGGCUCAUUCGCAUUCUUUAAAGACACCCUCUUCAGCUCCUCUCACCCUCAACCCCAGAACCCUCUCUUUAAGACUGAUCCGCCCCACCGUUCUGCCUCCCCUGUUUCUUCGCUCCUGAAACAUGGACAAUGAGUUCUUCUUGCCAUGGCAGCCGCUCCCCUCAGGGAUGGCACUUCAGCCCAACGACCUGAAUUGUGCUUCCAAGCAAUCCCCCGAUUGCUUCUUCCAUCCGAACCGCGACAAUUCCUCGACGGACCGAGGUGGUCAUUUCGAGUCUGCACUGAGCUCCAUGGUGUCCUCCCCGGCUGCCCCCGGUUCCUACCUUUCCAAUGAGAGUGUCCUGAUCAGGGAGCUGAUUGGAAAGCUCGGCAGCAUCGGGAACCCCGGUGAGGCGUCGCCGUCGCCGCAUUCCCUUGCCUUGUCGGGGAAUGCGGCCGCCGCCGCGAUGCCUUACAUUGGCGGAAGCAAUAGUACUAAGACGUCAUGUUAUAGCACCCCUCUGAAUUCGCCCCCAAAGGUGAAUUUCUCGACAGUGGAUCGCGCGGUCAAGGAGAGAUUCUCCAGCGUGGCGGAGUUCACUGCUGAUCCUGGAUUUGCAGAGAGGGCCGCAAGGUUCUCGUGCUUAGGGAGCCGGAGCUUCAAUGGACGGACGAGCCAAUUUUCCCUGAACAAUGGCGAGCUGCCUUAUGAGCCCAACCCGCUGAUGGAGAGUGGGAAAUUCCAACGGGUCUCGAGUAGCCCUUCGCUGAAGGCGUUGGGAUCUCAGGCAGCGGCCACCGUUCAGCAGAAUGUGAAUUCGAGACUGUCGGAUCGGAUGGAACUGACGAAUUCUAAUGAGGAGUCCUCGGUCUCCGAGCAAAUCCCAGGCAGCGAAAACGGAUUGAAGGCCUCAAACGAGGCGAAUUCCAGGAAAAGGAAGGCGGCUGCUAAGGGAAAAGCAAAGGAAUCCGCCCCAUCCACGCCUGUCGCCAAUGCUAUGAAGGUGCCUGAGUCUAGUGACAAUUCGAGUCCGAAGCGAUGCAAGCCAAAUGAAGGUGAUGGAAAUGGAAAUGGCACUGCCAAAGGGGAAGAUGAUGCCAAAGGAAAUAGUACCAAGAACGAUGCGAAGCCACCUGAGCCUCCAAAAGACUACAUUCAUGUUAGAGCAAGAAGGGGUCAGGCAACCGAUAGUCAUAGUCUAGCUGAAAGAGUGCGAAGAGAGAAGAUCAGUGAGCGAAUGAAGCUCCUCCAGGACCUUGUGCCCGGUUGCAAUAAGGUCACUGGAAAGGCACUGAUGCUAGAUGAAAUCAUCAACUAUGUCCAGUCAUUGCAGCGUCAAGUUGAGUUCCUUUCCAUGAAGUUGGCCUCUGUCCAUACCACUAUGGAUUUUAAUCCAGAUGCACUCAUGUCAAAGGAUAUGUUUCAGCCCAACAACUCUGCACCGCGUCCUAUGUUUCCGUUAGAUUCAUCAGCGACCACCGUUCACAGCCACCGCCGACCUCAGAAUCAGUCACUGCCACCACCGCUGCAAGGACACGCCUCUAGUGGCACAGCGACCCAAGUAGACCCAUUGAAUCUGGGACCAUGUCACAACGUUGAGUCUCAUUUACCUCCACUGAAUGAUCUUCAGUAUCAGAAUUUCUGUGGAGAUGACCUGCAAAGCAUUGUCCAAAUGGGUUUUGGUCAAAAUUCAGAUCGAGAAACAGCAUUCCAGCUUCAGACUUUCCACGGUUAAAGAUAGUAUUCCAGGAUUAGGUCAAAUGAAGAAGACAAUUAGUUGUUUUUCUUCCUUCAAUUUUUGUCUAUGAUCUUUCCUUUCUUUCGGGCUAAUUCUUGAGGGGUUUUUUCUCAGGAUGCCCUCUGUAAAAUCUUUGUACAAUUUCUUAUGGUGCAGAGUGUGAUAGCUAUACAUGUAUCAUACUAUAUAAAUUCUAUGAAGACGAAGGGAUUUAUUUUUUCCGCUA